CAGCCCCUUGUUGAUCGCAUUUCUCAUCGCCAAUGUCUCACCUCGCUCACAUGCAGUGUUCAAGUAGAUGACCGGCCUCGAUCCGGACCAAGAUGCCAUCAUCGAGAUCUACUGUCUCAUUACCGACGAGCAACUCAACCUCCUAGACCGUACCGGCUGGGGCACCGUCAUUCACCAGACGAAGGCGCGCAUGGAUGCCAUGGACGAGUGGUGUACCCGGGUUCACGGCAAUAGUGGUCUCACGGCCGCCGUCCUGGCCUCUACUGUCACGCCGGAACAGGCAGCAGACGGGCUGCUGGCCUAUAUUCAGAAGUAUGUCCCAAAUAAGCGCAUGGCCCUCUUGGCCGGGAACAGCGUGCAUGCCGACCGCGCCUUUCUCCGCAAGAAGCCCUAUGACAGGGUCGUCGAUCAUUUGCACUACCGCAUCUUGGACGUAAGUAGUUUGAAAGAAGCUGCUCGUUGUUGGUGCCCUCAUGUCGCCUCGGGAGCCCCUGCCAAGAAGGGACUUCAUACGGCAAAGGAGGACAUUCUAGAGAGCAUUGCAGAGGCUAGGUACUACCGGUCUGCCAUCUUUCAGAAGGACUAGGUCAGCAUCUUCAUGAUGGGGCCGGGACGACAUGGCCACCCAGAACAUAUACGCACACCACCACACGCCAUAAGAGAUACACAGACAGACCAAUGGCGGACGGAGAAGAAAAGUACCAAACGUACGAUAUGGAUUCAAUCGGUUGGAAGAUGAAUUACAUUAAUUUGUCUGCACCGUCAUAACCUCGACGGAGAACUAGCUACCCCAGCCGUUGCUGGUUCCCUAUGCCUACAUGAACGCCAAACUUAUGUCUUUA